AAGCAUAACAUAAAAGCGCACGCCGAAAAAGACGGCCAAAAGAGAGAGUGCUCACCGCCAUGGAAGCUUACGGCGACUUCGAACGAUAGAAUCUCCUUCUUCCACUUCCAAGGGUUUCAUCAUCUCUCCUCUUCCUCUCUCUAGAAGAAGGGCAGAAAUCAGAAAUACGCCGAACGUAAGAGCGCAGAUAGAAAAACGGAGAACCUCUGAUUUGUCAUCUCCUUCCCUUCAAUUCCCACAAACCCUAGGAAAAGAUCACCUCUCAGGGGCUCCUAGGGUUUCUAGGGUUUCAUAUAUUUCUUUGUCGUUUCGUUCAAUCUAGGUCUUCUUUAUCGAAAUAGACAGUCAGGAAUGCCGGAACCCUACAAAUCGGGAUACGCUUGAUUGCGGGCGGCUUUGGAUUUUGUAUGGAAACGCGGAGCCGGAAGCGGGCGGAGGCUUCCUCAGCAGCCCCUUCUUCCUCCUCUCGUUCCCUGCCAUCGACGAAUCCCACUACUCGUUCCAGCAAACGUGUCCGCCUAUCAGUCUUGUCUCCAGCCGUCCCAUCCGCCACGUCCACGAUAGCUACCCGGUCCCGACAGAACAAUUCCCGCUCCCAAGACUCCGUGAUUGCCGCCCCUGCUGCUGCUGCCAUGGAUGAAUCGUCUGGUUCCCGCCGUGAAUCCAGUGGCCGCCGUAGCUCUGGAAAGAACCAGGAGAAAGAGUCUGAUAAAGGGAAAGAGAAAGAGUCGGAUGUUAGAGUUAGAGAUAGAGAUAGUGAUAGAAACUUAGGGCUGAGUAUAGAUGGUGGGGCCCACGAUGAUGAUAUUGACAGCGAGGGAGGUGUCGGGAUUCUCCACCAGAAUCUGACAUCAGCUAGCAGUGCUCUCCAAGGGCUGCUGAGGAAGCUUGGGGCCGGGCUGGAUGAUCUGCUUCCAUCGUCUGCUGUAGGGGCUACAUCAUCGUUGCAUCAGAAUGGAAGGUUGAAGAAGAUCUUAUCUGGGUUGCGGUCGGAUGGGGAAGAAGGGCGUCAGGUUGAGGCUCUUACUCAGUUAUGCGAGUUGCUGUCCAUUGGGACAGAGGAUUCUCUCAGCACAUUUUCGGUGGACUCAUUUGUCCCGGUUCUUGUUGGGCUGCUCAACCACGAGAGCAAUGCAGAUAUAAUGCUACUUGCUGCAAGGGCACUGACACACUUGUGCGAUGUGUUGCCGUCGUCCUGUGCUGCUGUCGUGCAUUAUGGUGCUGUUUCGUGCUUCUGUGCCCGGCUGCUCACAAUCGAGUACAUGGAUUUGGCAGAACAGUCUCUCCAAGCUCUCAAGAAGAUAUCCCAAGAACACCCGACUGCCUGUCUGCGUGCUGGGGCACUUAUGGCAGUGCUAUCUUACCUUGACUUCUUUUCCACUGGAGUUCAGAGGGUGGCAUUAUCCACUGCUGCAAAUAUGUGUAAGAAACUCCCAUCUGAUGCGGCUGACUUUGUUAUGGAAGCUGUUCCUUUGCUUACAAACCUUCUUCAUUAUCAUGAUGCAAAGGUGUUAGAUCAUGCUUCUGUGUGCUUGACUCGUAUUGCGGAGGCAUUCACGUCAUCUCCUGAGAAAUUAGAUGAACUAUGUAAUCAUGGGUUGGUUGCACAAGCUGCCGAACUUAUUUCCAUUAAUAAUUCAGGAGGCCAGGCAUCCCUCAGCACACCAACAUAUACGGGUUUAAUUCGUCUUCUUUCGACAUGUGCUAGUGGCUCCCCUUUGGGAGCCAAAACUCUCCUCCUCCUUGGAAUCAGCAGAAUUCUCAAAGAUAUUCUAUCGGGUUCAGGUCUAGUUUCAAACAUUUCUAUUUCACCUGCAUUAACAAGACCCGCAGAGCAGAUUUUUGAGAUUGUGAACCUUGCGGAUGAGCUUCUACCCCCACUGCCACAAGGAAUGAUUUCCCUCCCAGCCUGCUCUAAUUAUCUAAUUAGAGGAUCUGCUGCAAAGAAGUCUCCUGCCAGCAGCUCUGUGAAGCAAGAUGAUGCUAAUGGAACUAUGCCUGAGAUUUCAGCUCGUGAGAAAUUAUUGCGUGAGCAACCUGAACUUCUGCAGCAAUUUGGAAUGGACCUUCUUCCUGUUCUAAUACAGAUCUAUGGAUCCAGUGUUAAUGGUCCAGUUCGCCACAAAUGUCUGUCUGUUAUUGGAAAGUUGAUGUAUUUCAGUACAGCUGAUAUGAUUCAGUCUUUACUUGGUGUGACCAACAUAUCAAGCUUCUUAGCAGGUGUUUUAGCAUGGAAAGAUCCGCAAGUCUUGAUUCCUGCUCUUCAGAUUGCAGACAUUCUCAUGGAAAAGCUACCUGAAACUUUCUCCAAGAUGUUUGUGAGAGAAGGGGUGGUUCAUGCAGUUGAUAUGCUUAUGUUGUCAGAUUCUUCUAGUUCAGUUUCAGCCCAAGCAUCAACUGCUGAAAAGGACAAUGAUGCUUUAGCUGGAACAUCUUCACGUUCUCGACGUUAUCGACGUCGUAGUGGUAGCUCAAACACUGAUGGCAGUUCUUUGGAAGAAUCAAAAGUUUCUGUUCCUGGAAGUGUUGGUUCACCACCUACAUCAGUUGAAGUUCCAUCUGUUAAUUCUAGCCUUCGUGCUGCAGUUAGUGCCUGUGCCAAAGCUUUCAAAGAUAAGUAUUUUCCUGCAGAUCCCACAGUAACUGAAGUUGGAGCGACAGAUGAUCUUCUACACUUGAAAAAUCUCUGCAUGAAGUUGAAUGCCUGUGCUGAGGAUCUCAAGAUUAAAGCAAAGGGUAAAUCUAAAGCUUCUGGACUUCUUCGUGUAAUUGAUAUUUCGGCUAUUACCGAGGAGCACUCAGUUGGUGUUAUAUCUGAGCUGCUAGCAGAACUAAGCAAAGGGGAUGGUGUAUCCACAUUUGAGUUCAUUGGUAGUGGAGUUGUUGCAGCUUUGCUGAAUUAUUUUUCUUGUGGAACCUUUUCCAAGGAGAGAACCUCAGAAGCUAACUUGCCCAAGCUUCGUCAACAGGCACUUAAAAGAUUUAAGUCAUUCAUUGCAGUUGGCCUUCCUGCUGGCACUGAGGAAGGGAAUGGAGCUCCUAUGUCUGUGUUAGUGCAGAAGCUUCAAAAUGCUUUAUCCUCCUUGGAACGGUUUCCAGUUGUAUUGAGCCAUUCAUCUAGAUCGUCUUGUGGAAAUGCACGUCUCUCCUCAGGGUUAAGUGCAUUAUCUCAGCCAUUCAAGCUGCGCCUAUGUAGAGCACAAGGUGAGAAAUCUCUCCGUGACUAUUCUUCAAAUGUUGUACUCAUUGAUCCUUUGGCAAGUUUAGCUGCCGUUGAAGAAUUCCUUUGGCCAAGAGUUCAACGAGGGGACUCUGGGCAGAAGCUGAAAAAUUCUGAGCCUGGGUCAACUCCUGCUGCUUGUGCUUCAUCACCAUCUACAUCUGUUCCUGCAUCGUCUGGUCGCCGUCAUUCAGUUAGGUCUAGGUCAUCAGUGGCAAUAGGAGGUGCAACUAGAAAGGAACCUCACAGCGGACUUGCAAGCUCAUCUAAAGGAAAGGGUAAAGCUGUUCUGAAAUCUGCUCCUGAUGAGGCGAGAGGACCUCAAACAAGAAAUGCUGCACGGAGAAGAGCAGCUUCAGAUAAAGACACAAAAAUGAAACCUGCACAUGGGGACACUAGCUCUGAGGAUGAGGAGUUGGAUACCUCUCCCUUUGAGAUUGAUGAUGCAUUGGUGAUUGAAGAGGACGAUGUCUCAGAAGAUGAAGAUGAUGAUGACCAUGGCGAUGUGCUAAGAGACGACUCUGUUCCUGUUUGUGUGCCAGAAAAGGUACAUGAUGUGAAACUAGGAGAUGCAGCUGAUGACGGUUCAUCUGUUCCCGCUACAAGUGAUAGCCAGACAAAUCCGUCUUCUGGUUCUAGCAACAGGACAUCCUCAGUUAGGGAGUCUGCUGAGCUCAAAACUGGGAGCUCAUUUGGUUCCAAGGGUGCAAUGUCAUUUGCUGCAGCUGCCAUGGCUGGGUUAGCAUCUGUGAGUGGUAGAGGUAUCAGGGGUGGUAGAGAUCGUCGUGGACUUAUUCUUGGUGGUUCAAAUGAGCCUCCAAAAUUAUUUUUUUCAGCGGGUGGGAAGCAGCUUAACAGGCAGUUAACUAUUUAUCAGGCUAUCCAACGUCAGCUUGUGCUGGAUGAGGAUGAUGAUGAAAGGUACACUGGUACUGAUUUUCUGUCUAGUGAUGGAAGUAGGCUAUGGGGUGAUGUUUAUAACAUCACAUAUCAGAAGGCAGACAGCCAAAUUGACAGGGCUUCAGCUGGAGGUUUAACUUCUCCUCUGCCAAAGUCUGCCAAAGCUGGCCCUGCUUUAAAUUCUGGCUCGGAUACUCAAUGGCAACAAACUUCUCUUCUGGAUAGCAUCUUGCAGGGGGAGCUUCCUUGUGAUAUGGAGAAAUCUAACCCUACUUACAACAUCUUGGCUUUGUUGCGUGUAUUGGAGGGUUUGAAUCAGCUCGCACCUCGGUUAAGAGUUCAGGCGGUUUCUGAUGAAUUUUCGGAAGGGAGGAUUUCUAGUCUGGUCGAUCUGAGUACAACUGGUGCCAAGGUUCCGCCAGAAGAGUUUAUUAAUAGCAAACUAACUCCCAAAUUAGCUCGGCAAAUCCAGGAUGCUCUUGCAUUGUGCAGUGGAAGUCUCCCUUCUUGGUGUUACCAGCUCACCAAAGCAUGCCCUUUCCUCUUUCCUUUCGAAACAAGGAGACAGUACUUCUAUUCAACAGCUUUUGGAUUAUCCCGUGCAUUGCAUCGACUUCAGCAGCAGCAGGGCGCUGAUACUCAUAACUCAACGAAUGAGAGGGAGGUCCGUGUUGGCAGAUUACAGCGUCAAAAAGUUCGUGUUUCCAGAAAUCGUAUAUUGGAUUCUGCUGUAAAAGUUAUGGAGAUGUAUUCCAGCCAGAAGGCCGUUCUUGAAGUGGAGUAUUUUGGUGAGGUUGGCACAGGAUUGGGGCCGACACUGGAGUUUUAUACCCUUUUAAGUCAUGACCUACAAAAGGUUGGACUGGAAAUGUGGAGAUCUAAUUCCUCAUUGGGGAAGUCCGCAAUGGAAAUUGAUGGUGAUGAAGAGAAACAGAAAAACAAGGAUACUUCUGAUGGAAAGAAAAUUGACCUAGAUUUGGCUGUUGGGGCCAGACAUCUCAUACAAGCUCCUCUUGGGCUGUUUCCUCGUCCUUGGCCUCCAAAUGCAGAUACUUCUGAUGGUAGUCAAUUUUCCAAAGUCAUUGAAUAUUUUCGUCUGGUUGGCCGAGUGAUGGCAAAAGCUCUUCAAGAUGGAAGAAUGUUGGACCUGCCGUUGUCAACAGCAUUUUAUAAACUUGUGCUGGGACAGGAGCUUGAUUUGCAUGAUAUUCUUUCUUUUGAUGUUGAGUUUGGGAAGAUUUUGCGAGAAAUGCAAGUCCUUGUUUAUCGCAAACAAUAUCUAGAGGCAAGAGUCAGUAAUGAUCAGAAGGCAAUUGCGGAUUUGCGUUUCCGUGGUGCUCCUAUUGAAGAUCUGUGUCUAGAUUUUACUCUUCCUGGUUACCCAGAUUACAUCCUAAAACCUGGGGAGGAAAACACACUGGUUGAUAUUAUUAAUUUGGAAGAAUACAUUUCCUUGGUAGUUGAUGCAACUGUGAAGACUGGUAUUAUGCAACAAAUGGAAGCAUUUAGGGCAGGGUUCAAUCAGGUCUUUGACAUGACAUCUCUUCAAAUCUUUUCUCCACACGAACUAGAUUACUUACUCUGUGGCCGUAGAGAAUUGUGGGCGGCUGAGACGCUGGCGGAUCAUAUAAAAUUUGAUCAUGGAUACACUGCUAAGAGCCCUCCAAUUGUUAAUUUACUUGAGAUCAUGGGAGAAUUCACCCCAGAGCAGCAGCGUGCAUUCUGCCAAUUUGUUACUGGUGCUCCUAGGCUUCCACCAGGUGGUCUGGCUGUGUUAAAUCCAAAGCUGACCAUUGUGAGAAAGCAUUCUUCAACUACAACAAACACAAUGGCAAAUGGAACCGGGCCUUCUGAAACAGCUGAUGAUGAUUUGCCCAGUGUUAUGACUUGUGCGAAUUACCUCAAGCUUCCCCCCUAUUCAACCAAGGAACUUAUGUACAAGAAACUACUUUACGCCAUCAGUGAAGGACAAGGAUCAUUUGACCUGUCGUAAGGAUGAGGCUACCUGUUCAGUACCCAUUCUGGUGUUUUAGGUCGGAAAUUUCUCACCUACUGGUUUUGAUGUUGUAUGCCCUAUUUUGCUGAUUGAACAGUUCCUUGAAUUCCCCCAAACCAUCAGAUGGAGGUCAGUUUGUUUCUUUUCGAGGCCAUAUCUGAUGCUUAUCUUCUUGGAUUUUGGGGGUCUCAUGCCGCCCUCUGAUUUAUUGCCUUCCUGUAAAUUCUCAUUCAUCUAGCACAACGGUUCAUCACAUAUUCCUCAUCUUUUUGUUUACUUUCCUUUUUUAUUCUUCAAUAAAUAUUUUCUCACUGUCGGUUCAGUUUCGACCGGUUACAUGUCACAAGAUGCCUCAAAGAGGAGGAUGCAGAGCUUGUUUCUGCUAAUGAUUGUAAAUAAGCAAAACUUCCCUUCUUGUUUUUCAUUUUCUGACUUUUGCAAUAGCUUAUACUGUAUGGACUGAUCAGGAUGGAAGAAGAAUAGGUUUUUGACAUGAA